CUUGUUGAAACAGGAUUCACAUCAUGAUUUUUCAGGUUAUCUUCGCCAUUCUUGCGGUAUCUACUAUCUGUUCUGCCGGGCCAGUUGGGCCUGAGGCAGUGAAUGCUUCUUCAAAACCCGAGAAAAUCCCUGCAGAAUUCCCUAAACCGUAUGAAUUUUUUUAUCAAAUGGAUGAUGGCAACGGGACUCGCCAACAUCGCGAAGAGAUAGCUAGCGAAGCUGGUGCCGUGAAGGGAAAAUAUGGUUAUGUUGAUCCAAAUGGUAUUUACAGAGAAGUAGAAUAUAACGCUGACGAAAAUGGUUACCGUGCGAAGAUUUCAUCCAACGAGCCUGGAAUUACUCACCAGAAUAGUGCCCAUGUUGUAUAUGUUGUCCAAGCAAAACCCACAUCCUGAUGUAUAGCUUUGUAUUAACUUUUAGGAAGAAAUUUGAAUUUGCUAACUUUAGAGAUUUUUAAAUAAAAUUUUGACGCUU